UUGAAGGGGGUUGGGGAGGAAAUUAUAAUGUGGGAAAGUGAAAGUUGAGUUAACUAACAACUAAAAUUUUCCUCAACAGUGUGUAUACGUGCAACGCGAAAAACAAUUGGUCAUUUGCGUGUGGUGUUUCCCUCCAAUUAAAAGGAGAACACAUUAGGUAGGGUGUAGGCCGAGUGGGACAAUUCAGCGUGGGUGGGGUGGGGAAAGGUAAGUAUGGGUUGGGCAAUAGCGUUACACGGUGGAGCAGGUGACAUACCAAAGGAUCUGCCGCCAGAGCUUCGUGAGCCGAGAGAAGCAUGUCUCCGCUAUUGCUUAAAGAUGGGCAUCGAUGCUCUCAAAGCACAAAAAUCCCCUUUGGACGUUGUUGAACUCGUGGUGCGGGAACUAGAAAACAACCCAUACUUCAAUGCUGGUAGAGGUUCUGUCCUAACCAGCAAUGGUAUAGUAGAGAUGGAAGCAUGUAUCAUGGAUGGGAUUACGAAAAACUGUGGAGCUGUUUCUGGCCUAACCACUGUUGUCAAUGCUAUAUCUCUGGCUAGGCUGGUCAUGGAAAAAACUCCACAUAUAUAUCUUGCAUUUGAGGGAGCGGAAGCAUUUGCUAGAGAGCAGGGGGUUGAAACCAUAGACUCAAGCCAUUUUGUUACGCCACGAAAUAUCGAAAGACUAAAGCAAGCAAAAGAAGCAAACAAAGUCCAGGUAGACUAUAAUACACGACCUAUACCUAAAGAUGACAAACCACCAGCUCCUAGUGGGGAUAGCCAGCUAGGGACGGUUGGAUGUGUAGCUGUUGACAGCUAUGGGCAUUUAGCUACUGCUACUUCUACUGGAGGACUAGUAAACAAGAUGGUUGGAAGGAUAGGAGAUACUCCCAUUAUUGGUGCAGGUACAUAUGCGAACAAACUAUGUGCAGUCUCUGCUACAGGCCAAGGUGAAGCUAUUAUCCGUGCAACUGUAGCAAGAGAUGUGGCUGCCCUAAUGGAGUAUAAAGGACUUUCUCUCAAGGAGGCAGCAGACUACGUUAUAGAGGAAUCUGCUCCAAGAGGAACCACUGGCCUGAUUGCUGUAUCUGCCACCGGGGAAGUUACCAUGCCAUUUAAUACAACCGGAAUGUUUAGAGCUUGUGCAACUGAAGAUGGUCACUCAGAAUUAGCAAUUUGGUAACUGUUCAUUAGAAUAGUUUAGUCCUUGUAUAAUUCUAGCUAUUGCAAAUCAUUUAGAAUUUGACAUGGGAAUUGUGUUUCAUUUGAUUUGGGUGUUGCUGUGCUGAGCUCAGUAGUCAUGACAGCUAUCCAAGGAUUCACCCUAUAAUAAAGUGACUUCAAAUGAAAUAUUUUUUUAAUUCCA